AUGGAUUCAAACAAGUCUAACAAGAUAAGCGACAUUGUUAAGCUGCGACGCCUCCUUAAGAAAUGGAAGAAAGCGAGUAAUCAUGACGAUAAUCCCGAUAUUAGUUAUGUUAAUAGUUCAUCUGGUGGGGGUGGAAAGAGCAUCAACAAGUUUCUUAAGAAGACUCUUUCAUUCUCGGACUUGACUAGUAGUGGUAACAAUAAUGUCGAUGAUUUAGUUGAUGUAGUGCCAAAAGGGUGUCUUGCGGUUUGUGUGGGGAAAGAGAUGUUGAUGAAGAGGUACAUUAUACCGACGGAGUACUUGAGCCACCAUGAAUUUAGGUUGCUUCUGCGAGAGGCGGAGGAGGAGUUUGGAUUUCAACAAGGCGGAGUUCUUAGGAUCCCAUGUGAGCUCCCUUUCUUCGAUAAUAUCUUGAAAAUUGUUCAAGAUCAGAAAUCAUGA